AUGAGGAGGAAGCGAAGGAAUGAGAAAAAUAGGUCAAAGGAGAAGCGGUUAUAUAGGCUUCUUCCUGCUGCAAAAUCCUUGCACCUCAAGCAAAACGCGCUGGAUGCUAGUAAAUUGGUGAAUCAUUUGCAGGGACUGAAGCCACGGGGUUUUAACGUUAAGGAUUCGGAUCAGAACAGAACAUCGAGUCGGAACAAAAUACCUGGUUACUAUCAAGAUGGCAGAGUUUCUGGCCGUCUACACAUGUGA